CAAAUCGGUUAGUAAUAUCAGCUGUUUUUUUAUAAAACAAAAAUUAACCUAUUUUUAUUAUGUUGCUGUAGAGUUAUUAAGCUUUUUGGGGUUUCUUAUAAAAUUUUAGCAAAAAAAUCUUAUUUCUUAUAAAAUUUUAGUAAUUAAAUAUGUCUAAAGCUGCUGGAAAACUGAAAUCUCUAAAGAAGGUUGUAGAUAAAGUAGCACAUACAACUAAAUUGAGAACAAAUAUACCAGCCGGAAUGGCAGCAGCCAAUCCACCAUUGGGACCGCAACUUGGUCAGAGAGGAAUAAAUAUUGCUGCAUUUUGCAAAGAUUUCAAUGAGCGCACAAAAGAUUAUAAAGAAGGCAUACCACUACCAUGCCGUAUUUCUUUAAAUGCUGACAGGACUUAUGAAUUAGAUAUUCACUCUUCUCCAGCUACAUUUUUUAUUAAGCAAGCUGCAGGGAUUCAAAAGGGUGCUAUGGAACCCGGAAAGGAAAUCGCUGGGAAAAUUACACUAAAACACCUAUACGAAAUAGCUACAAUAAAGAUACAAGAUCCACCCAAUGCCCUUUUGACUAUGGAACAAAUGUGUAAUAUGUUAGUUGGAGUAGCUAGAACAUGCGGAGUUAAAAUAGUUCGACAUUUAGAUCCUCAAGAGUAUUCAAAAUUUUUAGAAGAACGAAAAAUUGUUGUAGAAGAACAACGUAAGGAAUUGCAAGAAAAACGUGAAGCAAAAAUGUUAAGAACAGGAUAAUCAAUUUCUUAUACAUUUAUUUUGUAUUAGUAAAUAAAUUUAAAAUUAUAUUUAAGUCAAACAUUAA